AUGGCCACCUCCGUACCAACAUUGGCAAUUCCCGGGCAACGCCUUGGUUCAAUUACCUCAUACUCCGCUGGUCCUGGUACACACGUUCAGCAAUCGAAUAUCUACGCCUCUAUUGCUGGUCCAGUGGUUGUCGACUCUGCGCCUUCGCAGACAAACAACAAAUCCACUCUUCGAGUUUCACGGGUCUUGGCUGGUGCUGAUCAGCUGAAGUCAAACUCGGCGUCCACGGCUGCUCCCAAGAAAAAGCCACGAUACAAUACUCUUCCCGCUGUCGAUUCAAUCGUUCUUGCUCGGGUCACUCGAGUGCAGAAACGGCAAGCGACUGUGUCCAUUCUCGUCGUGCUCGAUGAAACAGCCCCGGUCCACCCUGGCUUGAACCAAAGUGCAUCCGAUAAUGACAAUAUUGCGUCGAUUUUGACCACUGCUGCAAAUCCAGAGAAUCACAGUAGUACCGACGAGUUGCGGUUCCAAGCGCUCAUUCGAAAAGAGGAUGUCCGGGCGGUGGAGAAGGAUCGUGUGGUCAUGGACGAGAUGUUCCGUGUGGGUGACAUAGUUCGAGGCUCGGUUCUCUCGCUCGGUGAUCAGAGUUUCUACUAUCUGACCACUGCUCGAAAUGAUCUCGGCGUGGUCAUGGCGCGCAGCGAGGCCGGCAACAUGAUGUUCCCCGUGAGCUGGAAGGAGAUGCGUGAUCCAGUCACCGGAGCAGGAGAACAAAGAAAGGUUGCCCGGCCUUAUUGA